AUCACGCGGGGGCGGCCAUGGUUCUGAGGCACGGUGGGGUGGCCGCGGCCCGGGCGGCGGGCGUGCAGCCCUCCGAGAACGUGGUGCGCAUCCCCUGGGCGCUGCGGCUGCGCCUGCAGCGGGGUGAGCGGGGCCGCCGGCGCGGGCAGGGACAGGGACAGACGACGGCAGUGCGUCCCGGUAAGCUGCUGCUGCGGAGCCGGCGGCCGGAGCUGAGCCAGCCCCGCUGGCAGACGGUGGGGCGCUGGGAGCAGCCGCAGCUGGUGUCGGCAGGCUGGAAGCACAGGAAGGCGCGUGGGGACUACUUUCAGCUGGAGGCCGUCCAGCAAGCGGCCCCCGCCCUGCUGGCACCGGAGCCCCAAGAGGGGCAGGGCCCGCUUUUCGCGGAGAUGGGGCUGCAGCCGGCCCUGCUGACCGCCCUACAGGACCUCUCUAUCGGCCGCCCCACGGCGGUGCAGCGCCUUGCCAUCCCCGCCCUGCGCCGCGGUCGUAGCGCCCUGUGCGCCGCCGAGACGGGCAGCGGCAAGACGCUGGCCUACCUGCUGCCGCUGCUCGACCGGCUGCUGGCCCGCCCCGCCGCUCCGGAGCCGGCCGUGGAGAAGCCCGAGGGGUCGGGGCCGCGAUCGGCGUCGCCCCGCGGUUUGGUGGUGCUGCCGUCGCGGGAGCUGGUGGCGCAGGUGGGCGCGGUGGCGGCGGCGCUGUGCCGCCCGGCGGGGCUGCUGGUGCGAGGGCUGACGGGCGGCGGCGCCGCGGGAGGGCUGAGGCGGCAGCUGCGGGCGCCGCCACCGGGAGCCGCCGUGCUGCUGGGCACCCCGGGGGCGCUGCGGACCGCGCUGCGGCGGCGCUUCCUGGUUCUUGGGCGGCUGCGCUGGCUGGUGCUGGACGAGGCGGACGCGCUGAUAGACGACGAGUCCUUCGCCGUGCCGCUGCAGGAGGUCCUGGCGCACGCCCCACUUGCCGCCGGUGCCCCUGGGCCGGCUGGUCCCGGGGAGGAGAGGACCCAGGUGGUGGUGGUGGGAGCCACCUUCCCUACGGGGCUCAGCCAGAUGCUUGCGAGGUUUGUCGAUGUGGACUGCUUUGUCAACCUCAGCACCCAGAGCUUGCAUCGCCUGCCUUCACAUGUCCAGCAGAAAUUUGUCUGUCUCAAAGGCCAGGACAAGCUGCCUGAACUUCUGCAGCUCCUUAAGGAGCGCUCAGCAUCCAGUGGGGCUGUCCUCAUCUUCUGCAACAGCGCCAGCACCGUCAACUGGCUGGGCUAUAUUCUGGACGACCACAAAAUCAAGCACCUGAGAUUACAGGGACAGAUGUUGGCAGCUGCCAGAGCUGGCAUCUUUGCCUCCUUUCAGAAGGGAGAUGCGUCUGUCCUCAUCUGCACUGAUCUUGCCUCACGGGGGUUGGACACCAGCAGCGUGCAGCUCGUGGUCAACUACGACUUCCCAAACACCCUGCAGGAUUACCUACACCGUGUGGGGCGUGUUGGGCGGGUCGGAAGCAAGAUGCCUGGGGUGGUGGUUAGCUUUGUAACCCAUCGAUGGGAUGUGGACCUGGUGCGGAAAAUAGAGACUGCUGCCCGAAAAAAGACAGGUCUCCCAGGCAUGGACGCUUCUAUUAAUGAACCUCUACCUAAAGCAGGUUGAUUUGAGUUGGUAAUAAACGGCCUGGCAAGGACUAAAUUUAAUCCAUUAAGACACAACAAGUAAGUGUGUGAGGUAGGCUGAAAUAGUAGAGAAUUGAGUUUCAGAACAAGAUGAUCUGGUUAACUUUGUGCACUGUUUUGGAAGCUGCAAUAAGCAUUUCCAGAGGCAUCACAACUCGUGAAUGUGCCUCUGUGAUGUGCAGUUCUGUUGCAUUUCAGUGUCCCUCAUCACUAGCAGCUAAACAUCAUUUUUUAAAAUGUCUACUGGCAGGAAAAAAGAAAUUAUCUUCCCAACUUUGUUGCAACUUUGACCCAAUUUAGUUACAUGGUAGAAAGGCAAAGUGACAAAUUAUGUUGGAUUUCUUUUUGGCAGCUUAUUCAGAGAAUUGUAGACCAGAUGCCUCUAAAGAUGGGUAGGAGAAAAAUUGUAUAAUAAAACUGAAGGCUUUUUCAGGCUUUGAUGUCUUUCACAGAAUAAACAUUUAUUGUAUUUAUUGUUUAAAAAAAGGCAUUAAGUGUUUACUGAUUGUUCUUUAUAUGACGUGUCUGUUGAAGUGAUUUAAAAAAAAAAAA